AUGGCGGCCUCCGCUGGCAGCGUGCGGCGCGCCUUUCGCAGAGCGAUGGUGCCGUGUUUGGUGGUGGUUUUGGGAGCUACCGGCACCGGGAAGUCCAAGCUGGCGAUGGAGCUCGGAAGACGGCUUCAGGGGGAGAUAAUCAGCGCCGACUCCAUGCAGGUGUACGAGGGCCUGGACAUCAUCACCAAUAAGGUGACGGCUGAGGAGCGCGCCCAGUGCAGACAUCACAUGAUCAGCUUCCUGGACCCGCUGGUCAGCAGCUACACGGUGGUGGACUUCAGGAACAAAGCCCUGGCUCUAAUUGAUGACAUGCACAGCAGAAACAAACUGCCCGUCGUAGUCGGGGGAACAAACUAUUACAUAGAGUCUCUGCUGUGGAGAGUCCUGCUGAGUCCAGCGGAGAUCGAGGAGCCGGGGGAAGGAGGAGAUGAGGCUUCAAACAGGAAGUUGGAGCUGGAGAAAAUGGGAGGAGCUGAGUUACAUAAACGACUGGCGGAGGUCGACCCCAAAAUGGCGGCCAUGUUGCACCCCAACGACAAACGCAAGAUAGCCAGGAGUCUUCAAAUCCACCAGGACACAGGCGUCUCGCACAGCCGCUGGCUGGAGGAGCAGAGGGGUCAGGAGGGAGGCGAUGGGCUGGGGGGUCCGCUGAGAUACCGGGACCCCUGCAUCUUCUGGCUGCACGCCGACAUGGAAGCUCUAGACAAGCGGUUGGAUGCUCGUGUAGAUGAGAUGUUGUCUGCUGGACUCAUAGAGGAGCUCAGAGACUUCCAUGUCCGCUACAAUCAGCAGAAAGUCCAGGACGACAGUCAGAACUACCAACAUGGGAUUUUCCAGUCGAUCGGUUUUAAGGAGUUUCAUGACUUCCUGACUGCUCCUGAAGGCAGCACCCAGCAGGAGAAAGACACACUCCGAGACAAAGGUAUAGAAGCUUUGAAGAUUGCUACAAGACGUUACGCCCGCAAACAGAAUAAAUGGGUCCGCAACCGCUUCCUUAAACGACCAGGCGACAACGUGCCACUGGUGUUUGGCCUGGAUGUGACGGACGUGUCGAGGUGGGAGGAGACGGUGCUGAACCCUGCACUGCAGAUACUGGACAGUCUCAGCAAGGGGGAGGAGCCAGCUAUUCAGCCAAUCAGAGUGGAGGGGGAGCAGCAGAGAAACAAGCGGAGCCGCCACACAUGUGAUCUGUGUGACAAGGUGAUCAUCGGUGACCUGGAGUGGACAGCUCACCUGAAGUCCAAAAAGCAUCACCAUCAUGUGAGGAAGAAGAGGAAGUCUGAUCCAGCCUGUGACCGAUCCCAGGUUACCGCUGCACCUCCUACUUCGGCUGCAGGGAUUAAGGAGAGCGUCUCAAAGGACUGUUGUGCCACCGUUGCCCCGGGCAGCACCGAAACCUCUCCGGAGUCGUCCCAAGACAUCAGAGCAUCACACAAGGAAGUACCUGAGACAUUUUAAGAGUGGAGCAGACUCACCACAGUGGUUUUCACCACAGUUCUGCACUCACAGCUGCUCCCUUACAGUCCUUAUAGGGCUACUUUUCUGCUUCCAAUGGAGUCAAAUUGAACUGUAUUUUCCCUUUUGAAAUAUUCUUAUUUGUCAGAGUGCUAGAAUAGGAUGACCUUCUGAUUUUUUUUUCCUGGAUAAUAUUUUUUUAACUUUCAUUCGUAGUUGCAGGAUGAAUCCUUGAAUCGUUUAAAUUCGUAGUAGAUGUUAAAGUUGGGCGGUAUACCGGUUUCAUCACCAUCACCCGUGUCACAUUCGGCCACAACAUUUGAUGAUGAUUUUUCAAUACAGUCUUUACCCUGGUAAACGCCGACACACAGACAGAUUGCUUUCACUGUAUAUCUUUGUUUAGAGGUUUUUACACUACUGCGUAUUUUCAGACUCUUUCAACAUGUGGGUUCAAAUGUAAAAGGUUAUGUCAGCUUUCAGUUUCUUCAGAGAUUUACAUUAUCUUAGGUGUAAUGUAAUUCCCAUUUUGGCUUGGUGAAAUGAGGUGAAAUAAACUUAUAAAUAAUAAAACAACAGUAAAUAUGUGGAAAAAAAAAACCUUUUUAAUCCAAAUUUGCUCACCAAUACAGUUAACUCUUAACUCAAAAAACAGCAUGGCUGUAGGUUACAAGUAGGUCUUUACCUCAUUUUCAUUUUUUAUUUGCAGCCAAAAAACUUGCUUUCUCAAGAUAGCAAGAGUGAAAAUUGUGUUUGUGUUGCAUUUUUUGGGAGUAGAGUAUUCCUUGUAAUAUUGUAACACCCUGAUGUAAUAUCAUCACUGUAAAUUCCCCCCAGAUACAUAUUUAUAAAUAAAACAUGAACCCGGUCAUAUCUCCCACUAUUGGUCAGGAAAAUUCAAGAUUCUGGACUCGGGAGGAUGAAUUAGGCUUUUGCAGUGUGCAGCCAAACAACUGUAAUUUUGAAUUCCACUUUCAUACUGUUGCCAGCUUCAGUUUUGACUGUAUAAGCAAUUCAUGGUUUAACUUUCUUUGUCUUGUCUUAAGCUCGAACCGUCAUGCACUUUUAACAAUGUUAAAUAAACCAAAGAACCUUAAAGUUUCCUAACAAAUGGAGGAUUAACGGUGUUUGUUUUGUAUCACUGAAGUUGAGCAGUCAGUCAGUGGCAUGCUUACACAGCACAAAGUGUGCGGCCACCAUGUUUUACCAUCGUUAUGUUUUGUCUAGCUCUUUGUGUGAUGAUAACCAGUCAUCCUGAUUUGUGCUUGUGUCUGUCAGUGCAGCUUAGCCGAGCUCGUUUCUGCUCUGACGGUAGUUCAAACCGGCGGCUCCGGCUGUGAGGAGAUAGUGUGUUUUCCACAGCUCUCUGUUUAUCCAGCGGCGUGUCAAACCAAGGUGUGCCCUCCUGCUGCAAAAAACACUCGCACAAUACCUGGCGUCGGGCCAGAGGCGUCUUUUGGCGCUCCCUUUCCCUCUCCUCAC